UUUAUAAAUUUUUUCGCGACUCGCAAGGUUGCUACAAGCGCAAGAGAGUAUACAACACCAAUAAGAGCAAAGAAAGAAAUCACAUUCUGGUUAAACGGUGCUUCGGGGAGCUGACUUGGGUCUGCUGCUGCUGCUGCAGCCACCAGCCAGCAGGCAACGGACAAUAGACAAUUUCAGUUGAGUUCAGUUGCUUUUCGGCUUUCAGUGAGUGCGUUUGGUUUUAGUGAAUUUUGAGUGAGUCGGUUUGGCCUGGGUAUUUUUUUUUUGGUGAAACGUUGUCGUGGUCAUCGCCAGGCGCUAUCGUUAGUUAGUUCGUUUGCUUGCUCUCAUUGAAUUUCUGUGAGCGUCGAAACCGCAGCAGCCGCAGUAGUGAUUGUAUUUAAUUUAUGUUAUUGUGUUGUUGUUGUAAGUGGAUUUCACACAGCAUUCGUGUGUGCCCUCGAAAAUUUUGAAAGCUACAGCCACAGCAACAGAAGAAAUCAACGUGGUUGUCGCUGACGACGUAACCACCAAACAUUAACAUCAUCAUCAUUGUGUUUAUUUGUGGAUUGAGCUGCUGCAGCAGCAGCAUCAUCGAAUACCUCACCACUUCGCACCAGCCAAGCGUGGAUUUCACAUAAGUGCAAACAUACAAACAAAUAUAAAAGGCCAACUAAAUACGUACGUAGCCGUAAAGCAGCAACAGUGGACGGUGUCAAAUUUUGUGUUUUUUUAUUUCAAUUCACUUUUUGUGGGCAUAGAGUUGCCGUUGCAAUAACUCCGUAAGGCUGCCUUUUUCAAUUUUUGUAUGGUUUCGCAACUGUCGUCGUCGUCGUUGUUGUUGACGCCGUCGCCAUCACUCUGACUUUUUCGAAGCCUAUCAAGUCGUCUACGUUUCUAUCUCAUAUAUGUACAUACAUACGUGUACGUAGGCCGCGCGCAACCAUAGCCAUUCAUUCCACUAUACCACAAGGUGUGGGGAAAUCGAUCGAUUACGUAGCUUUGCAUAUGUAUAACGCGAGUGUGUGUGUUUAUAAAGUGAUUGGAAACAAAGUAGAAACAAAAAAAAUUAAAUGAAAUAAUUGCCUUUUUAUUUUGUGUGUUUCAAUGUGCUGCUAAGCACAGAAAACUAAUUGUGAAAACGGCAAAACAAAGAAACUACAAAGAAUUAUUAAAAAGGCGAAAAAUACACAAUUAUUCACCAUUAAAAAUCAAGCAAAAGCUUAAAAUAGUUAGAAACGUUUUAUUACGGCAUGGAAAAAUCAACAGAUUCUGCUACAACGCCACCGUCGCCGUCGCCAUCAAGUGCUGUUGUCGGCGGAGCAUCCUCCGCAACGAGGACGACAGCGUCACCAUCUCCACAUGAUGGGGUUGCAAAUCAUUGUGACGGCAGCAAUGCCACCUUGUCCAGCUAUAUGAUGCCACCACCUACAGCGCGUCCAACAAAUAACAUCAGUAAUAAAAAUGCAAGUAUAGGGUGUGGUUCAACAUCAACAUUAUCAAUGUCAUCAGAAACUAGAUUAACAACAGAGCAUGGGGAUACAGCAGCAGCUACCAACGCGACUAGUUCUCCAAAUGCUCACACCAUAGUUGCAGCCUCCACCUCCACGAACAACGCAUCGCCGUCUUCGUCGUCGUCCUCACCAGCCGCAUCAACCACCACUACAAAUAGUAAUGGUUCUGCAACAUCCUCAAUAGCUGCCGCCAUGGCGAGACAUAACGCCUUCAUACUACCCUCGCGCACAAUGCCUAUGAGUGGCUCACUUGCCGCCACCACAUUGCAGCACACAAGCUCGCCGCAUGCUUUACAACUACCCCACAUCAACUUGAAUAUAAAUACGACGACCGGUGGUAACUUUGGUGUGACAGUGGACCCACAAAUCUCAGUGGAAAACUUAAAGAAGAUAAUUGCUAAGAAGCUUAAGGUGGCCAAGGAUCGCAUUUGCUUGUUGCAUCGUGAAAAAGAACUACAAGAUGGCACAUUAAAAGAUAACAAUCUUAUGGAUGGCUCCAGAAUUAUAUUGAUACCAAAUGUAGAGACCGGCUUGCUGGCCCAACGCCCCGAGAACACCGUCAUGCAGGCUUUGGAGUCACUCAACGACUCACAAGUGAACGAUUUUCUCAGCGGCAAGACACCAUUGAAUCUGAGCAUGCGCCUUGGUGAUCACAUGAUGCUCAUACAAUUGCAAUUGAGCACCGUGAAUCCGGCAAACGGCAGCAGCUCAGCCACAGCUGGCAGCAGUUGCUCCAGUGGCAGCAGCAGCUCCGCCGCGUUGCGCGCACGUUCGAGUCAGCGCAACAAUCGCUCCGCUUUGGCGGCCGGCCACAGUCACAACCACCACCAUCAUCAUCAUCACCACCAUCACCAUCAGCAGCAGCAAGCAACAGCUGGCGCCAACGCUUCCAACAACACGUCCGCUACUACAAACACAGCCGCCGCCGGCGCAGCAGCAACAACAUCAAAUAUCGUCGUUAGCCAGCAGCAGCGCAGCAAUGGCACCACAACAGCUGCCGCACGCUUGCCGAUUAGCAGCAAUGGCACACUGAAGAGCUCCGAUCUCAGUUCGUUUCUCAGCAAGCGCGACUAUGAGAAUCUGCAGAGCAUUGUGAAGAGCAUUGCCAUGUCACAGCCGGCGCGUCUGACAUCGCCGCCGCUAAGUCAAAUGUUGGCGCAGCAUGUGCGUCAGUGCGCGCCCAGCAAUGUGCCCUCUUCGCUGGCACAACCAGUGGCGGCCGCCAACAACAAUGCAGGCUUCCACAGCGCGCGUGCUGCCAGCACGGCGGACAGCAGCGCCGCAAGCGCAUCGCCACUGCUCGAACAGUCACCCAUCAAAUCGCUAUCGAAUCUGGUGUCAAGUCCCAUUAAAACGGCCGCCAUAAAGAGCAUUCCCAUCACGAAGGCUGGUUGCAGCGGCAGCGCUUGUGAGAGCACAAGCAGCAGCAGCGCCGCGGCCAACAGCAGCGCUAUGGAUACAGCAUGCCAAGAUCCUAUUGCCGCCAAGCUAACCUCGUGUCUGUGUACACGUCUCAACGGCCGCACAGCCGGCAAGGACGACAACUGCAUGGACACCACCACAACGAGUGGCGCGAAUAGUGGCAGUGUACCGGCCACAAGCACAGAGGCAAUGAUUGCAGAGUGCAGCAGCGGCGCGGUAGCUGAGCUACAAACACCAACAACAACAUCGGCGUUGCAGAAGCUUGUUGCGGGAGGCAGCGGUUGCAGCACGCCCGUUGCCGCCACCUUACACAAAACGGCUAAUAAUCCUAUAACGCGCACGAAGCAUCGCAGCCAUCACCAUCACCACCACCAUCAUCAUCACCACCACUACCAUCAUCAGCAGCAGCAGCAACAACAGCAGCUACAAGCCAAGACGCUAACGCCGUUAGUGCGCCCAAAGGCCAGCUCCAGCCCACUGCCGCGUCCCAUUCCUUUGACUACGCGCAGCUUGGAGGAGAAUGGACUCGGCGCUGAUGCGGACACGAAGACGCCGGCAGCACCUGCCACAGCCGCUGGCGCCACAGCGACGCCGCUUUCAGCAACACCAGCAACAACAACAGCUGCAACAAACGCCGUUGCCGCCGAAUUAGACGAUGCAGGCGUUACAGUCUCGGAUUCGCGCACGCUCGCCGAGGCCUCGCGCAAUCUCACACAAACGCUGCGCAAACUCUCGAAAGAAGUCUUCACCAACAAGAUCGAUUUAUCCAGCAGCGAGGAGGCACCGCGCAAAAGCAAUUCGGGCGCAGUUAUUGAAUCGAUGAAGAACCAUGGCAAAGGCAUCUACUCCGGCACCUUCUCGGGCACACUCAAUCCAGCGCUGCAGGAUCGCUACGGGCGCCCGAAGCGUGACAUCUCUACCGUUAUACACAUUCUCAACGACUUGCUAAGCGCCACACCGCAAUACAGCCGCGGCGCGCGCAUCAGUUUCGAGACGCCAAGCGGUUCGUCCGCCGCCAGCGGCGCUUCAGGCAGCAACGGCACCGCCGUGCAUGGCAUACGCAGCAAGCAGCUCUCGCUGAAGCACCACUACCAUCACCACCAGCACGCGCAGUCCUGUGUGAAAUGCCUCAAGUCGCAACAGCAGCACGGCAGCAACAGCGCCUGCACUUACGGCGAAUGCAACGGUCACUACGCUGGCGCCAAGGCAACAGCUACAACCAGCCGUGGCUGCUGCAAAGACAGCGCCGCCGCCAACGCCGCCAGCGGCAGCAGCAACAACGCCGCCAAUGAGCGCACCGUCUGCAAUUGCCGCUACCGCAACAACACGGAGACCGGCGAACGCGAAGUGGAGCAAAUGUGCCAGAAAUGCACAACCGACAUGGAGAACACCAAAAUGAAGUCGAAGAUCGAUCAGCUGCGCCAGGUGAUGCUGCAGAGUAAACAGCGCCGUGAGGCACGCAAAUUGAAGGGCGCACCCUAUGGCGCACGCGCCGUCGGCACACCCGCCAAGACGGCAACCGCUUUGGCACCCACCGCCACCGCCGUGGCUGCUGUCUGCGCCAAUGCCACGAAUACGUCAUCAGCCAUGAACGCAAAUGCGUCGACCGCCGCUUUAACAAGCUCACCGCAGCUGGCGGCCGCGAGCAACAGCAACAACACAACAGCGCCCAGCGAGGUAUCGCCGAAUCACAUUGUGGAGGAGGUGGACACGGCUGCUUAAAUCCAUUUUAAUUGCCUGCAAUUGCUGCUAAACUAUAAUAGUAACAACAACAACAGCAACAGCUAUAACUGUGUACAUGAGGAAGCUCACAUUUAUUCACCAUUUGUCCUAACUUGUAGCAUUUAUUAGUUUAUUCAUUAGGAGCAUCAUCAGCCUCAGCGCUUUUGUUAAGAGAAGCGCGAAGGCAACAAAAACAAAAAAAGCAAAACCAAACAAUUCAAUACAAAAUUGAUUGCAUAAUAAUAUUUAGUGCAAGAAGUGUUUACUGACGGCAGCGCGUAUAUCCAACUGAGUCAACUGAAUUUACAAUUUACAAAUAUUUAACAACAACAACAAAUAAGCAAAACUAAUGGUAAUUUGCAAUUAAAAAAUAACUAACGAAAAAAAUUGCAAAAAAAGUUUAAUGAAAAAAUUGAAAAUAUAAAUUUUUUUGUUAAUUUAUACAAAAUGUUAGUUUUGUAUUUUUUACUUUAUAAGUAGUAAAAAUUGGAAAUGUAUGUAGACAAAAUUUAAAAAAAUAUUAAAUUCACUAAAUUCGCUGAAAUAGAGAAAAUUAUUUAGUUAAUUGCAAAAUUAUAGUAAAAAAUAUUCGCACUUUAUAUAAAAAAAUUAAUUAAUUAAUAUGAUUAAAAAUAUAUGCAAACAAAAAAAAACAUUUUGAACUAAACGCUGAAAAAUAAUAUUUAAUUAAUUGACAUUGUUUGUAACCUAAAAACGCAAAUUUCGUGUUUAAAACAACAAUUAACUACUAUUAAAGCCUAAAAUCUGGAAUUUGCGUGCGAAAAUAUUGCAAAUAAUUUCAAAUAGAAAUUCGCUGUAUAAUUUAAUUAGUUUAAUGUGCAACUUGUAAUUUAUGUAAAUUAAAAUUAAAGAAAAAAUUGUCAAAAAUAAUGCAAAGAACGCAUACUGAAUUUAUUAUCGAAGCAGCUUGUAGUGAAAAACAACAAUUUACGAGCUUUAGAAACCAAAUAAUUGUUUGCAUUUCUUACGCUGUACCAUUACUAUUCACACGCAGUGUUCGCUGGCAGCUUUUGUACUUACAAAAACACUUUUUUUUCGAAAAACUUUUUUUUUGAGAAUUUUGCAUUUUAAUAACAUUAUUUUGUUGCGUCGCUAUUGAACUACUAAGAAAUAGUACAGUGGUUGUGAAAACUAUGCGCUGGUUCUUAAAAAAAUAUUAUUUUACUGCGAAAUUUGCUGGCUCGUGAAGAACAUAUUAUUUUGCGCUUACAAAAACAUAUUUUUAUUAAAAAAUACACAAUUUUGUAGUUUCAAAAAUAUAUUUUAAUACGAAAUUCACAAUUUUGUAGUUUCGAAAAUAAAUAUCGCUUUGAAAUAUGCAAUUUUGUGCUUUCGAAAAUGCAUUUUUGUUUUCAAAUAUGCAAUUUUGUGCUUUCGAAAAUGCAUUUUUGCUUUGAAUUUGCAAUUUUGUGCUUUCGAAAAUGCAUUUUUGUUUUCAAAUAUGUAAUUUUGUGCUUUCGAAAAUACAUUUGUGUAUUGAAAUAUGUAAUUUUGUGCUUUCGAAAAUACAUUUUUGCUUUGAAAUAUGCAAUUUGGAUUUUCGAAAUUAUUUAUUUCUUAGCGAAAUACAGAAUAUUUGGCAUUCGCGUAAAGUUUAGAACCAAAAUUUAAAACAAAAAAAAAUAGAAAAUGAUACUAAAUAAUAAUUUAAAAAAUUUGAAUACAUUUUUUUUUUCAAAAAUUAAAUUAAGAAUUAAAAAUGAAGUAAAAUAAAAUUGUACCAGUGUAAGCUAGAAAAAUAUAAGUAUAAAAUAUGUAUAUUUUCGGUAAUAGACUAUAACAAUAAGUUACUAUAAUUGAAAUUAUAGCACAAAAAUUGUUGAAAUACGUGCGCUUAGCAAAAAAACAAACGCAUUUGGCAAAAUUAUAGCGUUGACAAAAGUGAAUUCUGUUACUUUAAAAUUUUAUUUAAAAAUAUUACAAAAUCAAAAUACUUGUACAUUGUGAGCCAGCAAAUGCGAAGAAAAGCUACAAUUCGAAAAAGUGCAGCAAAAGUAAGAUUCAGCUUAUGAGUAAAAGUUUUUUCUAGCAAAAAUUUCCAAGAAAAUGUUGCUAUAAAAAAAAUUAUAGUAAUAAAAACUUGCUAUAAUAAAAAUUAUAGCGCUAAAAAUUGCUGCAGGCUUCAAAAAAAUAAAAAUAUUCUACAAAAGUAUGUUUCAGCUUGUGAGAAAAAGGGUUUUCAAUCAAAAAUUUGCAAGAAAAAGUUGCUAUAAAAAAUUGAUGUAUGAAAAGUUGCUAUAGUGAAAAUUAUAGCCACAUAAAGUUGCUAUAAUUAAAAUUAUGGCAAUAAAAAGCUAUAAUAAAAAUUAAGCAAUAAAAAGUUGCUAUAAUAAAAAUUAUAGCGACAAAAAUUUGCUGCGUGCUCCGAAAAAAAUUCAAAAAUUUUGCAUAUAAAAAAAGUAAUAAUUUUGUGCCAACAAAAAGUAUUCUUUGCAAUAAUUUAUUACAUUUUUUCACAAAAUUAAAAAAAAUACAGCGUACUAAAUUGAUUUUCGUUCCAAUUGCAUACGAAAUUGAAAAACUUGCUGCGUUUUGAACACAAUUUACUAAAUAAUAAAUAAGUACUAGCUACAACUUAACAUACAUACAUACAACUAUGUUUACUAAAACCAGUUUAUAUGUGCAUACCGUUGUGUAUGUAUGCAACUAAUUAACAAUUGUGCAAUCGUUAAUGUGUCUGUGUGUGUACAAUUGUUCAUUUAUGAAAACUAAUUUAUGUUUAAGCGUAAACGAUGAAAUGUUAUGUAACUUUGCAUUAGUUGUUUAGUUUUUUGUCUUGUUUUUUGCCUGUCAAACACUUUGCAAAAACAACAAUAAUACAUUAUAUAUAAAUAUGUUUUUUUUGGGUAUAUGAGUUAUUGUAAUUUUGUUAGUGUAAAGUUUAGCGUGUACACACCUACUAAUUCAUAAUGAAUUUUAUGUUAUAAGCGCGGCGGGAGCGCCGGGAGAAACGUAUGUGUUGCUAGUAACUACUUAUUCUACUUAUAAUUAAAUGAAUAUUUGCUUAAAUGCUAUUUCGCAUAAACAAUAUGAAUGCAUUAUAAAUAUAUGUAUGUUACGCUUUAAAAGAGUUAUGUAUGUAUGUAGUAAAGUUGGUUUUGUUUUUUUGGAAGACCAGUUAUAUUUAAAUUUACACACACACACAUUUAUAUAAUUACGUAUAUAUAUAUAUAUAAUAUACUUCUAUGUAUAGUUUUAAUUGUUCCCUAGGCACUACAGUUACCCCCAUUGUUAAACCUUGAUUCUUGAUUAACUGAGUAUAAUUUCUAACCUCAAUUGUUUCAUGUUUUGCUCGGCUCUUCGAUGCCCAAUUAUGUACGCCUACAAUAUGUACAUACAUACAGUUGUUCGUGCAGUAAAUGUUUACCGUUAUGCGUAAUUUAUAAUACUUUAAGCACUUUUAUUUCUUAUUCGUCGUUUUUUUCUGCUCUUACUCUCUCUUCACUCUCUUUCGGCUGUAUGUUUAUGUGCUACCUUUGUCGCCUUUGAAUUGAAAAUUAUUCGCUUUACAUUGCAAUUUAGUUAAUUUAAUUUGCAAUUUAUGUUAAAUUUUAAUUAUUAAAUAUGUCUAGUUACAUACACACUUACACAUAUAUACUACAUACAUAUGUAUAUGCUAAUAAUAAAAACUUUAUGUAAUUGAAAAUAAAAACUUAGUGAAAUGGUAUAUUUAGUUUGAACAAAAAACAAAAACAAUUGGUUUCAUUUAUAAACACUUGCGUAGUUAAGCGGCGGUGUUAUUGUUGUUGUAAGAUGAACACAAGGUGCCAGAGUAUUUUGAGCUGAUUUUUUGUGUUUUUACACUCUAUAUGAGCUGGUGAUCUACAUAUUGAUUAAAGUUGCUGUGUUUUCUCGAAAAAAUUGGUUUCAAGGUAGAUUUGGAAUAACUGUUGCUGAGGCACUUUUAUACAAAGAGAAAUGGUUUUCAGCAGGCUUCAAUUCAUGGUUUUCCAAAAUUCUGUUCUUUCCGAAAGUUGAAGAAGUACUUCAACAUUUUCAGAGAUAUCUUUAAAGUGCUUUAGUACAUCGUGGCGGAACGUUUUCGACGCUGAUCUGGUAACCGCUCUCAAAAACAAAUGCAAAGCUGAAUUUUUUCAUAGCAUACUUUUGGGCGGCUCACGUUGCUUAUGAUAUUUAUUACAUUUUAGGCAAAAAUCAGGAAUAAAUACUCUUUGAGUCCUUUUCGAACGAAAAUUUUAUCCGUAAAAUUGGAUUUUUUCAUAGCAUACUUUUAGGCGGCACAUGAUAUUUAUUACAUAAUUAAGCAAGAAUAAAUAAUAAAUGCUAAUUAUUGAGUUCGCUUCGAUCGAAAAUUCGUUUUGUAAAACUGGAUUUUUUCAUAGCAUACUUUUAGGCGGAUCACGUUGCUUAUAAUAUUUAUUAACUAGUUAGGCAAGAAUCAAGUAUAAAUAGUAGUCAUUGAGUCCGCUUCAAUCGAAAAUUCUUAUUAAAUAUUUAAUAUUUAAAAAAUAUAUCUACAGAAUUUAGAAAGUUUUUUAACUAACUUUGAAUUAGCUUUUCACAAUUCCGGCUAGUUGCAACUACUGUAUUCUCACAAAAUGCCAUGACUUGGAAAUGUUUUUUGAAGCUUUCUUUGUUUUUUUAUGAUGAGCGAAUCAAUUUUUGCAAUUCUUCGUCUUACUUUUUCAGACUCGUUCAGUUUUACUAUCGCCUUAAUUAUGUGUAUCUAAUUCUAGGCACUUCCUUUGAACUUCUCUUGUUCUUACAAAUUAAUAAUCCGCCUUCUUCUUCUUUAUUGGCUUAGACACCGCAUGCGGGAAUGCGCAAGUACACUCUAUUCAGAUUAAAAAAAUAUAUAUAUUGUCCACUUUUAGGCGCCCAAAAAGUCUACUCCAUUCUGAUAUGAACAAUGUUGCCUACUUUUAGGCGGAUAACAAACUAAUUAUGCAACGAUAUCGCUUUGUGUUCGACCGCCGUUUUCAGAGAUACAUAUAUUUGUACAGCAAUCACACGACCGAUUUAUUUCUAAAAUGAUUUUCAGUGGCACGUCAGUUUUCCUACAAAAUUCAAAUUAGUAAUGCUUUAUUUAAUUUGCUUUCGUGAAUCAUUUUCCGAUCGGUCGCAACCUGAUCACACGAUUUCACUUUGCAUUAUACCCUUUACGCAGUGUGCAUUGGAACAUUGGCAGCUGAUGUUGCUAUAUAAUAGAAAGCUAUAUAUAGUUUUGAAAUCUGAAUCUAAAUUUAAAUGUAUAGUAUACUUUUAGGCGCUUAUUACAUAUACUAUUUAUAUAAAAAUAAAAAAAUCAAAUCCACAACUAUACACCAGGCACCACAGUGAAUAUUUGUAUGUAUUUGUUGUAGUAUGUAUGUAUGUAUAUGUUAACUCAUAGUGAAGUAAAAACAGAAGUACAUCAUCUUGGACUGCAUAGUAAAAUUUUUAUAUUGCCAUAGUAGUACAGUAUAGUAACUGAAUAUGUUGUAGUAAAUGAAAAUUGCAGUCAGUUGCAUAGUAAAUUAUUUGAUAGUUUAAAAACAAACACAAAAAAAAAAAAAAAUUUGAAAAUAAAAUGAAAAAAAAAAUAAUGAUAAAAAUUAAAUAGAAAUAAAAAAAUUAAUUAAUUGAAUAUUAAAACUAAAAAAAAUCCCGAAAUCUUAAAUCCCUAAAAAAAAUAUCCCAAAACAUAUAAAAAAGGUAUUAUUAAUUUCCCUGCUUUUAGCAAAAUAUUGCAAUUUGUUAAUAUUGCACAGUUAAUAUAAUAAUUUAGUCAAGAAUAUAUGUAGAUGUAACGGUACUUAUAUGUAUGCCAUAUCAUACCAUAUAUUGCAUAUUGACCGGAUUUCAAAGCGUAUUUUCCUUAAAUAUUUUAUAAAAACUAAAAACAAAAAUAAAAAAGCUAAGAGAAAUGAUUCCUUUCCAUAAAAUAUAAUAAUAAUAAUAAUAAUAAAAUACCCUAAAAAUAUCUUGCAACAAAAAUUAAAAAAAAUAUACAUGCAAUAGUGUAAAUAUAAGCGUUAAACCAGAAAAUAAUGCGCAUAUAAAAACACAACAACAAACAUAUGUAUGUAUAUACGUGUAUGCAAGAAUAUAAAUUAAAAAAAGAAAACAAAAAAAAGUGAUUUUCAAAAUUUCAUAAAUAUAAAAAAAAAACAAAAAAUACCAGAAAAAUUCAAAAAUUAUUUUAAAAAAUUCAAAAACUCAUAAAAAUAAUAAAUAAAAAAAAUAUUAACAAAAUUUUAAAAAAUAAUUUAUUUUUUGUAAAUUUCAAAAUAUUUACAAACUGUUUAAUUAUAAAAAACAAUAACUAAAUUUCAUGAAAACACAAUGAGGAUUUAUUAUGGCAGUAUGACAUUAAAUAACUAAAAAAAAAUUAAAAAAAAAAAAAAAAAAAGUAAAUAUUUUUUUUUAACAAUUUAGCAAAAACUGUUUGUUUGCAAAGAAUAGCUACGUUCCAAAGAAUUUUCCACAACUGUAUACACCUUCAUACAUAAAUACGUACUUACUACUUACCCUUAUAUAUACACCUAUACCUAUGUACAUAUGUAAUACGGCACUUGUAUGUACAUAUGCAUGUCUCACUACAGAAAUUACUAUAAAACCAAAUACCACUAUUCGAUAUAAGGCAGAAAUAUGGCAACCAAGC